AUGAGCAAUAAUACAACUACACAUAAUAUUAAUUCAAUAAAUAAUGUAAAUAAUAAUGAUAAUAUAAAUAAUGAUUCUUUAAAUAACCCAAAUGAACCCCUUGACAAAAAUACCAAUUUUACAAAUGCACACUUUAAAGCUCCAAGUUAUGUGAACGGUGCAGGUAAAAACAUGGACAGUGCAAGUAAUAUGAUACCAAAUAUAAAUAAUAAUAUUCAGUAUCAUAUGCCAGUUCCUAAUAAUAUGCCUUAUGGUGUUAAUCCAAAUUAUAAUAUUCAUAAUAACAAAAUGAUGAAUAAUCCAAAAAACAUGUAUAAUCCUCCGUACCCAUUAAAUAUGAAUACUCUACCAAUUAAUUCAUAUGGAGGACCCGAGAAGUUUACACAUUCUUUACGAAUACCUAUAUAUCCAACCCCACAAAAUAUGUUAUAUAAUACCAUGAAUUAUAUGAACAGUAAAGCAUAUAUAAAACAUUUGAAAUAUAAUAAAGUGAUACCAACUGACCCAACAAUACCUCCAAAUGAAACAUUGUAUAUAAAAAAUUUGAAUGAUAGAGUAAAGACAGAUGAAAUGAAAAAAAAUCUAAAAGAUUUAUUUAACACAUACGGAGAAAUAAAAGAUUUAAUUGUUAUGAAAUCAUUUUGGAGAAAAGGACAAGCAUGGGUUGUAUAUGAUGAUAAAGAAUGUGCUACUAAAGCUUUAAAUGCAUUACAAGGGUAUGUGUUAUUUGGUAAGAUUAUGCAAAUUAAUUUCUCACAUAAUAAAAGUGAUAUACAUGCUAAAAGAGAUGGGACUUUUGUGGAAAGAUCAAAAGAACCUAAAAAACCCAAAAAAAUACUUGAAAGAGAACAAAAACAAAAAGAAAUAUUUGAACAAAUGCAUAAAAAUUAUUUAGAAAUGCAAAAAAAUAAUUUUAAUAUGCUUAAUGGUAAUAAAGAAAUAAAUAAAUCUGAAAUUAUUGAUUUAAGUCAAAUCGAUAAACAAACACUUAUUGCAAAAGCCCAAGCAAAAGCAAAUGAAGAUAAAAAUAAAAAAAAUGAAGAAUUACCAAAUAAUAAUAUAUUCUCAUCUUAUUAUCAAAUGAAUAAUAUUCCUCCAGUUCAAAAUUAUCCUGUUGUUAUGCCAUAUAAAAUUUUAUUUGUUGAAAAUGUAGUAGAAAAUGUUGAUACACAAGCUUUUAAUGACUUAUUUAAAAAUUAUGCAGGAUUUGUUGAGGCUAGAAUUAUACCUCAGAGAAAUGUUGCAUUUGUCGAUUUUACUGAUGAAAACACAGCAACGUUUGCAAUGAAAGCUCUACAAAAUUAUGAAUUGCAGGGAUCCAAAUUGAAAAUAUCAUAUGCCAAAAGAUAA